AUGGCCGACGCUAAGCCCGCCGUGCUGAUCAUUGGUGGUCUUGGCUUCAUCGGCCGCCACUUGGCGCUGCACAUCCAUCAAAAUAACCUGGCCUCUCAAGUACGUUUGGUCGACAAAGUCCUUCCCCAGUUGGCCCGCCUGGCUCCCGAAUUCGCAGAGGCUUGCUCUCAAGACAAGUUCGUCCAGGCGGAUGCUAGUCGUGAACAACAUCUGCCGCGAAUCUUCGAUCGGCCCAAUGGUGAGCAAUUCGACUACGUGAUCAACUGUGGCGGCGAGACCCGCCAUGCCCAACCCGACGACAUGUACGAAGCACGUAGCUGUGGCCUCAGCAUACUACUCGCCAAAGAGUGCGCCCGACGGAAUAUCCGCGCUUUCGUUGAAACAUCCACCGCCCAUGUCUAUAAGAGUGGCUCGUCUCCGCGCAAGGAGACUGAUAAGAUGCAACCGUGGCACAGCCUCGCCAAGUGGAAGUUGAAAGCUGCAGAGGAACUUCUUAAGAUUCCGAACCUGCAGUACUGCGCGUUGCGCAUGCCCCAUGUCUAUGGUGAAUACAACUCAGGCUACUUCGCCAUGGCCAUCUGUCUGGCUCGCGUGCAUUUGGAACUGGGUCAGGAUCUCGAGUUGUUAUAUUCCAAGGAUCUUAAGGUGAACACGCUUCAUGUGCGGGAUGCUGCCAGCGCGCUGUUCCAGGCGGCGGAAUGGCGCGCGUCCGUUGGCAAACUGGAUGCAAGCGACCCGAAAGUGCCGGAGCUGUUCAAGCGGGAACCCAGAGUUCCCGUCGCGUUCAACGUGGUGGACCACAACGAUACACAACAAGAGCAUGUGGCCAAUGCGUUGGCCGAGGUGUUCAACCUCAAGGUGAAGUUCAUUGGUUCACUCAUUUCAACCCUGGCCAAGAUGAGCCUCGAUGAUGCGGUCGACGACAUGAAUGAAGUUAGUCUACAGGAGUGGGCAGAUCUGAUCGAAAAGAGCGGGAUCGAGCGCCCCGGUCCUAUCGGUCCUUUCCUUGAGCUUGAUGUUCUUAAGGACCAGGAUAUGUCGAUCGAUGGCUCAUUAUUUGAGAAGACAACGGGGUGGAAGCCUAAGUACGAGAAGUUUGACGCCGACAGCAUCCGUGAAAUGGUGGACAGCUACAAGCGGAUGGGCUGGUGGCCCUGA